AUGUCUCGCCAGUCGACCGUCACUUUCCAGACCGGCGGCCGCCGCAAGGGCUUCAGCGCCGCCUCGGCCGUCACCCCCUCGGCCGGCCGCACCCGCAUCAGCUCCGUGUCGGUGUCCCGCUCCGGGGCCGGGGGCGGCGGCGGGGGACUCGCCUGGACCGGCUGCGGCGGCGGAGGCUUCGGCAGUCGGAGCCUCUACGGGCUGGGGGGCUCCAAGAGGGUCUCCAUCAGCUCCGGGGGCUUCCGGGGCGGAUACGGCGGGAGGGCCGGAGGCGGCGGCGGAUACGGUUUGGGGUCCGGCCUCGGCGGCGGCUUCGGGGGCGGCUUCGGCGGAGGCUUCCCCGUGUGCCCCCCGGGCGGCAUCCAGGAGGUGACCAUCAACCAGAGCCUCCUGGCGCCGCUGAACCUGCAGAUCGACCCCACCAUCCAGCGGGUGCGGAAGGAGGAGCGCGAACAGAUCAAGACCCUCAACAACAAGUUCGCCUCCUUCAUCGACAAGGUGCGUUUCUUGGAGCAGCAGAACAAGGUACUGGACACCAAGUGGGAGCUGCUGCAGCAGCAGGGGACCAAGACCGUAAGGCAGAACCUGGAGCCGCUUUUCGAUGCCUACAUCAGUGACCUGAGACGCCAGCUGGACACGGUGACCGCCGAGCGGGGCAGACUGGACUCAGAACUCAGGUCCAUGCAGGAUGUGGUGGAAGACUUCAAGGCCAAGUAUGAAGAUGAAAUUAACAAGCGCACAGCUGCUGAGAAUGAGUUUGUGGCCCUCAAGAAGGAUGUGGACGGUGCCUACAUGAACAAGGUGGACCUGGAAGCCAAAGUGAAUUCUCUGUCCGACGAAAUUAACUUCCUGCGGGUGCUGUAUGAGGCGGAGCUGUCCCAGAUGCAGACCCAGAUCUCGGACACGUCGGUGGUGCUGUCCAUGGACAACAACCGCAGCCUGGACCUGGACAGCAUCAUCUCCGAGGUCAAGGCCCAGUACGAGGACAUCGCCCAGCGCAGCCGAGCAGAAGCCGAAUCCUGGUACCAGACCAAGUACGAGGAGCUGCAGGUGACCGCCGGUCGCCACGGGGAUGACCUGCGCAACACCAAGCACGAAAUCUCCGAGAUGAAUCGCAUGAUCCAGCGGCUCCGAUCUGAGAUUGACAGCGUCAAGAAGCAGUGCGCCAGCCUGCAGACGGCCAUUGCCGACGCUGAACAGCGCGGGGAAAUGGCCCUCAAGGACGCCCGGGCCAAGCUGGUCGACCUGGAGGACGCGUUGCAGAAAGCCAAGCAGGACAUGGCUCGCCAGCUACGUGAGUACCAGGAGUUGAUGAACGUCAAACUGGCGCUGGACAUCGAGAUCGCUACCUACAGGAAGCUGCUGGAGGGCGAGGAGUGCAGGCUGAGCGGCGAAGGCGUGUCUCCAGUCAACGUCUGUGAGUAUCCCUUCGCUUCUAGAUGUUGUUGCGAUCGUUCCCUUCCCUCCACAGCCGUGGUGACCUCCACGAUGUCCAGCGGCUAUGGCAGCGGCAGCGGCUACGGUCUCGGCUCGGGCAGCGGCCACGGGCUGGGCGGAGGCGGAGGCAGCUACUCCUACACCACCAGCGGCGGGCACAGCCUGGGAGGGGGCAGCGGGCACGGGCUGGGGGUCGCCGGGUUCAGCGCCGGGAGCGGCCGGGGCUUCGGCAGCGGCGGGGGCAGCGGCUCCAGUGUGAAGUUUGUGUCCACCACCUCAUCCAGCCGCAAGAGCUACAAGCACUAAAACCUCCGCCUCCUGCGGACGUCCCGCUCUACCCUCGCUCCCUCUUGCUGCUGUCUGCUCUCCCGGGUUCCUCAAAGGCGCCGCUAUUGCUCGGAACUUUCGCUUCCUCCUC